AUGUCAGUUAAUAAAAGUCAAGAUGAUUUAAAUAAUAUUCCUUUGGCCGAUGAUGAUCCACAAGCUGUUAUUCAAGACGAAAUUGAAAAUGGUGAUAAUUCAAAUGUCACUCAUUCAAUGAACAGGCAGCGGAGUUUAGAAUCAUUACCAUCGAGUUUUACUAAUGGAAGUAGCAGUCCCGGACCGAAUAGUUUAGAUCCAGACAUCAGUCCUGAUGAACAAGAAGAAAAAGCUAGAUUAAUAUCACAAGUUUUAGAGCUUCAGAACACAUUAGAUGAUCUUUCACAAAGAGUCGAUAGUGUUAAAGAAGAAAAUCUUAAAUUAAGAUCUGAAAAUCAAGUACUCGGACAGUACAUUGAAAAUUUAAUGUCUGCCUCUAGCGUGUUUCAAUCGACAUCACCCAGAUCGAAAAAAAAAUGA